UGUAGGUGUUGAAAGGAGGAGCAGGCUCCCGAUCAGCCAGUCAGCUACCAGUGAGACGAAGAGACGACCUUGCCAGCUCAGUGACCAGACAUGGCUCCGUGGGGUGACGCAAAACUCUUCCUCUGCUUCCUCUUCAUCACCUGUUGCUGCACAGUGACAUUGGCGCAGAUACCCAUGGACUGCUGCCUGAGCGUCAAGAACAGAACAGUCCAGAAAGGCCUCAUCGUAGACUACCGUCGACAAACCCGUGGAAACGGCUGCUUUCUCGAAGCCACGAUUUUGGUGACCAAACGGGGCAGGACACUGUGUGUGCCCCCUGAGGAACCCUGGGUCAAAGGGGUGGAGGAACACGUGGACAAACAGAAGGCUAACUGCGGGAAAAAGAACAGACGCUGCCCGAGAGUGAAGCAUCAGUAAACCGGGACCGGCCCCUGACCCCCUUCGGCCGCUGCAGCAACGACAACAACAAUGGGCUGCUGCAAGUCAGGGAAGAGACGGAUUGGAUCACACCACUGAAAAAAAAAAGAGACAUAAAUCAGGAUAAUCAUAGUAUUUCAUUCUGUACCUGAAGAACUCUUUAUCUAUUUUACCUUUGUGUUUUAUGAAAUUAUGUUUAUUUGAGAUGCAAUAAAUAAAUAAAUAAAUAAAGCAUUUUGAAGGAUUUUUAUAUAUAUUUUUUUUUAAUGUUAUCUGUGUGUUUAGGAAGACCAGGGGUUUAUGGAAGAAAUUUAAAAUGUUAACACUGAACAGAUAAACUACUCAGGCAUUGUCAGUUCACGGGUUGUAUGGAUUUCUUUGACUGUCGACUUUUUUCAGAAUAAACCCUGUGGUUUUUUUCUCC